CCCAGCUAUGAUUAUUCGACGCGUCGUCGCGCCGAGUUAACGACUCUUUCGAGAGGAGGCUUUUUAAGAAGAAAGCCUAAACGAAUUUUUUAAUUGUUUAAAAUAAUAAAAAAAAAAAAAUCACACAAAUUCACCAAAAAAAAAGGAAGAAAGAAGUAUUUUUUUUCCUAGUGUGCGUGCAAAGAAAAUAGUUCAUAUUAUACAAAAAGAAAAAACGAGAUAUAAAGGAUUCUCUCUCAUUCAACCAACGAUCAACGAGAAGCAAGUUUUUCAUUGAAAAAAAAACCAAAAAGGAAAAGAAAAAUAAGGGAUAGUGAAAUAUUCCCAACGAGUGUGUUACUAUAAUACGUCGAAUUUUGGUGCAUGCGCUCUCAUUGUACGAAUCAACCCCUUGGAAAUUAUUGGCUCCAAAGGAAUUUCUCAACAACGAGAUUUGCAAAUAUAGAAAAGCAAGUUCAGUCGUUGAUCAACGCUGAUCGGAAGACCGAUCAUAAAAUUAGGGCUCGGUUCCUCUCGUAUUGAGCGGAAAACCGGCGCCAAAAAAAGGAGAAAGAAAAAAAAUAACAACAACAACAACAACAUGCGGAAAAGAGAUGCUAAAUUUACUGAUAAUACGUGAUUAAUCAGUCAUAUAUAGCGUUAAAAUUUGGAAUUUUUGUUUUUGCAUUAAAAAAAAAAAAAUAAGAAAAAGCUUAUGACAGGAAAAAUUUUUUACAAGUGCCUGAGUUGAAAAUUAUACUAGAGGAAGGAUGGCAGACAGCGAGGGAGGUUCUGAACAGGAUGACGUAUCCUUCCUCCGUACGGAAGACAUGGUAUGUCUUUCGUGUACAGCUACGGGGGAAAGGGUAUGUUUGGCAGCCGAGGGUUUCGGAAAUCGGCAUUGCUUUCUGGAAAACAUAGCAGACAAGAAUAUUCCACCUGAUUUGUCACAAUGCGUAUUUGUAAUAGAGCAAGCACUUUCGGUACGAGCACUACAAGAGUUGGUCACGGCUGCUGGGUCUGAGACGCAACAAGAAAAUUUAGGCAAGGGCACAGGAUCAGGACACAGAACAUUGCUUUACGGUAAUGCAAUUCUUCUCAGGCAUCUUAACAGUGAUAUGUACUUAGCGUGUCUAUCCACGAGUUCCUCAAACGAUAAGCUUGCUUUUGAUGUCGGUUUACAGGAGCACUCUCAAGGAGAGGCUUGCUGGUGGACUGUGCAUCCGGCUUCGAAACAAAGAUCAGAGGGAGAAAAAGUUCGUGUCGGCGACGAUUUAAUUCUCGUGUCAGUCGCCACUGAAAGAUAUUUGCACACGACGAAAGAAAAUAAUUUAUCAGUAGUAAACGCUUCCUUCCAUGUAACACAUUGGUCCGUUCAACCUUAUGGAACUGGAAUAAGUCGAAUGAAAUAUGUUGGUUACGUGUUUGGAGGAGACGUCCUUAGGUUUUUUCACGGCGGUGACGAAUGCCUCACGAUACCUUCGACGUGGAGUACGGCUCCUAAUCAAAAUAUGGUUAUUUACGAAGGAGGAAGUGUUAUGAGUCAAGCUCGAUCCCUGUGGCGAUUGGAACUCGCGAGGACAAAAUGGUCCGGUGGCUUUAUUAACUGGAUGCAUCCAAUGAGAAUUAGACAUUUAACCACUGGACGCUAUUUGGGUGUUAAUGAAACAAAUAAUGAACUUUAUCUCGUUGACAAAAAAGAGGCAACCACUGAUAUAUGUAAUUUUUUACUACGCCAAGAAAAAGAUGAUCAAAAAGUUGCCCUCGAGGACAAAGACCUGGAAGUUAUUGGAUUGCCAAUUAUCAAAUAUGGAGAUUCGACUGUUAUCAUGCAACAUGCACAAACGAGCCUUUGGGUGUCUUACAAGUCAUACGAAACGAAAAAGAAAGGCGUUGGAAAAGUUGAAGAAAAACAGGCAGUUCUGCAAGAGGAAGGAAAAAUGGACGACGGUCUUGAUUUUUCCCGAUCACAAGAGGAGGAAUCGAGAACUGCCAGAGUAAUUAGAAAAUGCAGUAGUCUUUUCACACAAUUCAUCACUGGACUAGAAACGCUGCAGGUUGAUCGAAGGGCUUCGCAGUUUUUCAAAAAUGUAAAUCUCAACGAAAUGGUUAUGUGCCUCGAGGAUUUGAUCAAUUACUUUGCUCAACCUGAAGAUGAUAUGGAACAUGAGGAAAAGCAAAAUAAGAUUCGUGCCUUAAGAAAUCGUCAGGACCUGUUUCAAGAGGAGGGAAUUUUGAAUCUUAUUUUAGAAGCCAUUGAUAAAAUAAAUGUCAUCACAUCUCAAGGAUUUUUGGUAUCACUUUCUGGCGAUGAAAGUGGACAAUCAUGGGACCAAAUAUCUGGUUAUCUGUAUCAAUUAUUGGCAGCCAUUAUUAAAGGCAAUCACACGAAUUGUGCACAAUUUGCAAAUAGCAAUCGUCUUAAUUGGCUCUUCAGUCGAUUAGGUUCUCAGGCAUCAAGCGAGGGAACUGGAAUGUUGGAUGUACUACAUUGCGUGCUUAUUGACUCGCCAGAAGCAUUAAACAUGAUGAGGGACGAGCACAUCAAGGUGAUAAUAUCCCUUCUGGAAAAACAUGGAAGAGAUCCAAAAGUCCUGGACGUACUCUGCUCCCUAUGCGUGGGUAAUGGAGUAGCAGUCCGUUCGUCACAGAACAAUAUUUGCGAUUUUCUUCUACCCGGAAAGAAUCUAUUAUUACAGACACAAUUGGUCGAUCAUGUGGCGAGUGUGAGGCCAAAUAUAUUCGUGGGCAGAGUCGAGGGCUCGGCACUCUAUCAAAAAUGGUAUUUCGAAGUGACAGUCGAUCAUAUCGAGCAGACAACACACAUGAUGCCACAUUUGAGAAUCGGUUGGGCGAAUACCGCCGGUUACGUUCCAUAUCCAGGUGGUGGUGAAAAAUGGGGUGGCAAUGGAGUCGGUGACGAUCUCUAUUCAUUUGGUUUCGAUGGCUCCUACCUUUGGACGGGUGGAAGAAAAACUCGCGUCAUAGAUGACUCAACCGAGCCGUUCAUAAAAAAAACGGAUGUAAUUGGAUGUUCCCUGGAUUUAACAGUACCGGUCAUUAAUUUUGCCUUCAACGGAAUACCCAUAAAUGGCUCAUUUCGAAAUUUCAAUCUCGACGGAAUGUUCUUUCCUGUUAUAAGUUGCUCGUCGAAAUUGUCUUGUAGAUUUCUACUUGGCGGUGAUCACGGGAGACUUAAAUUCGAACCACCUGAGGAGUUCUCGCCAUUGGUUGAGAGUCUCCUACCGCAGCAAAUUCUCUCGUUGGAUCCUUGUUUCUAUUUUGGAAAUAUGGGCAAAGUGGUGAUUGCUGGUCCAUGGCUUGUUGAGGAUGACACUGCUUUUGUGCCGGCGCCAGUUGACACGGCGAUGAUCAAUUUACCGGGUUAUGUUGAACAGAUAAGGGACAAAUUGGCGGAAAAUAUUCACGAAAUGUGGGCUAUGAAUAAAAUCGAAGCGGGAUGGAUUUUCGGUGAGCAGAGGGAUGAUAUGAAUAAAAUUCAUCCUUGUAUUGUACAGUUUGAGAGAUUACCGGCGGCUGAGAAGAGAUAUGACACGCAGUUGGCUGUUCAAACGCUGAAGACAAUUCUUGCCUUGGGUUAUUAUAUAACGAUGGAUAAACCUCCCUCGAGAAUUAAGACGCUGAGGUUGCCGAAUGAACCUUUUUUACAGAGCAGUGGAUAUAAGCCGGCGCCCCUUGAUUUGAGUGCAAUUACCUUGACUCCAAAAAUGGAGGAACUUGUCGAUGAGUUGGCGGAGAAUACGCAUAAUUUGUGGGCUAAGGAGAGAAUCAGUCAGGGCUGGACUUAUGGACUUAAUGAAGAUUCCGAAAUGAGACGGAGUCCGCAUCUUGUUCCCUAUCCUAAAGUCGAUGAUGCGAUUAAGAAAGCUAAUCGUGACACUGCCAGUGAAACUGUGAGAACUUUACUCGUUUAUGGAUACAUGUUGGAUCCACCGACUGGAGAACAGCACGAGGCGUUGCUAUUGGAGGCGAGUCGAUUACGUCAAUUGUCUUUUCGAACAUAUCGAGUGGAGAGGCAUUAUGCAGUUACGAGCGGAAAAUGGUAUUUUGAAUUUCAAGUGUUGACGGCCGGACCAAUGAGAGUAGGAUGGGCAAGAGCCGAUUGUCCACCGGGAAAUAUGCUUGGCAAUGAUGACAGUACCUGGGCAUUCGAUGGUUACAACGAGGAAAAAGUUUACUCGGGCACUGCUGAAACAUUCGGUAAACAAUGGCAAGUUGGAGACGUUGUUGGGGUUUUCCUGGAUCUUAUAGAUCGAACAAUUAGUUUUUCGCUGAAUGGAGAACUUCUCAUGGAUGCUUUGGGAGGAGAAACUUCAUUUGCCGACGUCCAGGGAGAUUCAUUUGUUCCCGCUUUUACUUUGGGAGUUGGACAAAAGGCUAAAUUAACAUUCGGUCAGGAUGUUGAUACACUGAAAUUUUUCACCACCUGCGGUUUGCAGGAGGGCUACGAACCAUUUUGUGUAAAUAUGAAUCGACCGGUGACCUAUUGGUACACAAAGGAUCAGGCAAUUUAUGAAAAUACGGACGACAUGUCCGAUACGAGAAUCGACGUGGCUAGAAUACCAGCCGGUUCGGAUUCACCGCCGUGUUUGAAAAUUUCUCACAAUACCUUCGAGACAAUGGAGAAGGCGAAUUGGGAAUUUUUACGUCUCUCAUUGCCAGUUAUUUGCGGUGCGACUUUUAUAUCCGAAUCGGAUAAAACGAGACGAUGGCAGGAAAUUAAAAUGAAGCAAAAUAGACUUCUGGCUGAACAAAUGGAGCAAGUGCAACAGUCAACACCUUCGGCUCAUAUUGAACAAAUUAUGCGAUCUGGAUUCAGUAUGAGUGAUAUUAAAGGUUUGCAGAGAAAUUAUUCCGAGGACGCUGUGGAGAAUGAUGAAAUGAUGAAGGAAUCACCGCUGCCAAUUCAACGAAAUAAACCCUCGAGACCGCCGCGUAAAGGAUCUGUUCCUCGUGGUUUAGAUCGUGCGACAAGUGAAAAUGAAAUGAACGGCUAUGGGGAAAUGAAUGGCGAUCUCAAGGAUGAUAAGAAAAAACGUGGACGAUCUCCAUUUCGCAAGCAUAGUAACGAAAUGGAAGAUAUCGCUUCGAACGUGUCUAGAUUUUUCUCGAGGAAGGCAAAAUCUCCAGAGGUGAAGGCCAAGACUCCGGAACCAUAUGCGAGGUCUGAUGUUUCCGAUAGGAGUAUGAAGCAAGCAACUCUCACAGCCGCACGAACUACGCAAAUUAGAGCCUCAACUAAUGAUUUAACAAAAAUGGUGCCACCACAAAUUCCGGAGAGGAACGCUCCGAAAGCAAUGUCUGUAGUGACCGGAACUGGAAUCGAAUCGAUUGGAAAUGAAAUUUUCGAUGCUGAUUGUUUGAAAUUAAUGAAUGAAUAUUUCUACGGUGUUCGCAUUUUUCCCGGUCAGGAUCCAACUCACGUUUAUGUCGGUUGGGUUACAUCUCAGUAUCACAUUCAUACGAAGGACUUUAAUUUGUCCAAAGUCCGAAAAGUAUCGGUGAUCAUCACUGAUAAUUACGAUCAGCCUUUGGAACAAGUGGAUCGGCAAAGUUGCUACAUGGUGCGAGCAGAUGAACUCUACAACGAAGUGACACAGGACGCGUCGGGUAAAGGAGCAUCGCAGGGAAUGUUUAUUGGCUGUUUCGUCGAUACAGCCACGGGUUGGGUGAGUUUCACCUGCGAGGGUAAGGAGACGAGUCACAAAUUUAAAAUGGAACCUGAUACAAAACUCUUUCCGGCGAUAUUCGUUGAGGCGACGAGUAAGGAAAUUUUGCAAAUUGAACUUGGAAGAACGUCGACAACUCUGCCAUUGUCGGCAGCUGUUUUGCAGAAUUCAGAGCGUCAUGUGAUUCCACAAUUUCCACCAAGACUGAAGGUUCAAUGCUUGAAACCCCAUCAGUGGGCGAGGGUGCCCAAUCAGUCUCUUCAGGUGCACGCUUUGAAAUUGUCAGAUAUUCGCGGAUGGUCCAUGCUCUGCGAAGAUGCGAUCUCAAUGCUGGCGCUUCAUAUACCCGAAGAGGAUCGGUGCAUUGAUAUUUUGGAAUUAAUCGAAAUGGAUAAGAUGCUGAGUUUUCAUGCACACACUUUGACACUCUAUGCCGCAUUGUGCUACCAAUCAAACUACAGAGCAGCGCACGCUUUGUGUCAACAUGUUGAUCAGAAACAAUUAUUGUACGCCAUAAGAGCAGAGUAUAUGUCGGGACCCUUGCGUCAAGGAUUUUAUGAUCUUCUAAUCGCACUGCAUCUCGAGUCCCAUGCCACCACGAUGGAAGUUUGCAAAAACGAAUACGUCAUUCCAUUAGGACAAGAGCUGAAAGAUUUGUAUGAAGAUGUCGAAAUGAGACACAGUUUGAGGUAUCUAGAGACCGAGUCUGUUCGUCCUCAAAUGAAAAUGAGCGAAAUAGGAGAGAAUCAAAAUAUUGAGAACAUCAAAAGUUUAUACAGUCCACAUUUCCCUCUGGAUAUUGUUCGAGAUUAUGUAAUGAUGGCUCUUAAUGAAGCGGUCGAAGUUAAUCAGGUGCACAACAGAGAUCCAAUCGGAGGCAGUAACGAAAAUCUUUUUUUACCCCUAAUCAAACUUGUGGACAGACUUUUAUUAGUCGGAAUGUUGAGGAACGAGGACAUACGAAAAUUGCUAAUUAUGAUAAAUCCAGAAACGUGGGAUGAAACUUUUGAUAAAGAGGGAAAGGACGAACACAAAAAAGGACUUUUACACAUGAAAAUGGCAGAGGGAGCAAAAUUACAGAUGUGUUAUUUGCUUCAUCAUUUGAAUGACAUUCAAUUGCGUCAUCGUGUCGAGUCGAUAAUAUCAUUCAGUCACGAUUUCGUUGGCGAAUUGCAAGCCGAUCAACUUCGAAGAUAUAUAGAGAUCAAGCAGUCCGAUCUUCCCUCGGCAGUGGCCGCGAAGAAAACAAGAGAAUUCCGUUGUCCUCCUCGUGAGCAAAUGAAUGCGAUUUUGAAUUUCAAAAAUCUCGAGGAAGAUGACAGUGACAAUUGUCCAUGUGGAGAGGAACUUAUAGGGAAAAUGAACGAUUUCCACUGUAAUCUAAUGUCAUACGUGUCAUUAACUGCACUUCAGGAAGCCGCAGACGCUGCGCAGGAAAUCGUGGAAAUUGAAAAACCCGGAGCUAUGAAGAGACUGUUCAAUUUUAUUAAUACUGUCAAGGAACUUGAGGAGGAGGCAAAACCCGAACCUGAACCGCAGAAAAAAACAGCUGAAGAGGUGUUCAGAAAAGUUCUAAUCGCAACAAUCGUCAAAUGGGCCGAAGAAUCACAAAUCGAAACUCCAAAAUUGGUUCGUGAAAUGUUCAGUCUCCUCGUUCGGCAAUACGAUACAGUUGGAGAAUUGAUUCGAGCCUUGGAGAAAACAUACGUGAUUAAUAGCAAAACGAAACAGGAUGUCGCUGAAAUGUGGGUGGGAUUGAGUCAGAUUCGAGCCCUUCUGCCAGUUCAAAUGUCACAAGAAGAAGAGGGCCUGGUGAGAGAACGACUCUGGAAAUUGGUCAAUAAUCACACGUUCUUCCAGCAUCCUGACUUGAUUCGAGUUCUGAGGAUACAUGAGAAUGUGAUGGCGAUUAUGAUCAACACUCUCGGUAGAAGAGCUCAAGCGCAAUCCGACGGUCAGGCUCAGGCUCAGACAGCUGAGGGCGAAGUGCCAACUAAGGAGAAAGAUACAUCUCACGAAAUGGUCGUUGCUUGCUGUCGAUUUUUGUGCUACUUCUGCAGAACUUCUAGACAAAAUCAAAAAGCAAUGUUUGAUCAUUUUGAUUUUCUACUGGAGAACAGUAAUAUUUUAUUGUCGAGACCUUCAUUGAGAGGAUCAACACCUCUUGAUGUGUCUUAUUCAUCGCUCAUGGAGAAUACAGAAUUGGCGCUGGCCUUGAGGGAACAUUAUUUAGAGAAAAUUGCAAUUUAUCUUUCACGUUGUGGAUUACAGUCGAAUUCGGAGUUGGUGGAAAAGGGAUAUCCUGAUUUGGGCUGGGAUCCAGUUGAGGGAGAACGUUAUCUUGAUUUUCUUCGAUUUUGCGUCUGGGUGAAUGGCGAGAGCGUCGAGGAGAAUGCAAAUCUCGUGAUUCGAUUGUUGAUUCGACGACCCGAAUGUCUGGGUCCAGCUCUUCGUGGCGAAGGCGAAGGAUUAUUGCGCGCAAUUAUCGAUGCUAACAAAAUGUCCGAACGGAUUGCCGAUCGACGAAAACACUUUAAACAGCUCCAAGAUGAAGCGGAUGGAACUUCAGGACUACAAUUCGAGCAUCCAUUACCAGAAUCAGACGAUGAUGAAGACUAUAUAGACACUGGUGCGGCUAUUCUCAAUUUUUACUGUACAUUGGUUGACUUACUGGGACGUUGUGCUCCCGACUCUUCUGUGAUUGAACAAGGAAAAAACGAAUCUCUUCGAGCGAGAGCAAUUUUGAGAUCACUGGUGCCUCUGGAUGAUCUUCAGGGAGUUCUUUCGCUGCGUUUUACAUUAUUAAAUCCGGCAGCUGGCGAAGAGAGACCAAAAAGUGACACACCAUCUGGAUUAAUUCCCGGCCAUAAGCAAAGUAUCACCAUGUUUCUGGAAAGAGUCUACGGAAUUGAGACUCAGGAAUUAUUUUUCAAACUUCUUGAAGAGGCUUUCUUGCCUGAUUUACGAGCUGCUACUAUGCUCGAUAGGAACGAUGGUUACGAGUCGGAUAUGGCAUUAGCAAUGAAUCGUUAUAUUGGAAAUAGUAUUUUACCUUUGCUAAUUAAACACUCGAAAUUUUAUAACGAAGCUGACAAUUACUCGAGUUUGUUAGAUGCGACGCUUCACACUGUCUAUCGUUUGAGCAAAAAUAGAAUGUUGACGAAAGGACAACGAGAAGCUGUUUCCGAUUUUCUGGUUGCAUUAACAAGUCAAAUGCAACCCAGUAUGCUGUUGAAGCUUCUUCGUAAAUUGACUGUUGAUGUUUCUAAUUUAUCCGAAUAUACAACAGUUGCUUUGAGGCUCUUAACAUUACAUUACGAUCGAUGUGGGAAAUAUUAUGGAUCAACUGGAUCGAGUGGCUCGAGUCCAUAUGGUGCUUCCAGUGACGAAGAGAAAAGAUUGACGAUGGUUCUUUUCAGCAACAUAUUUGAUUCACUGUCAAAAAUGGACUACGAUCCGGAAUUAUUCGGCAAGGCUCUUCCUUGUCUAACAGCCAUUGGUUGUGCUCUACCACCAGAUUAUUCCUUGUCGAAAAAUUGCGACGAUGAAUGGUACGGAAGUAAAUCCGCUUCCACUCAAUCUUCCGAUGGUCCCUAUAAUCCACAACCAAUCAACACUUCUAGUGUGGUGCUGAAUAACGAUUUGAAUCAAAUAGUUCAAAAGUUUUCCGAACACUAUCACGAUGCUUGGGCAAGUCGAAAGUUGGAAAACGGAUGGACUUUUGGAGAUGCCUGGUCAGAUGCGAAUAAAACUCAUCCUAGACUGAAACCAUAUAACACGUUGAGUGAUUAUGAAAGAGAAAGAUAUAAGGAACCGGUGCGGGAAAGUUUAAAGGCUCUUUUAGCAAUCGGUUGGAGCGUUGAACAUGCGGAGGUCGAUGUUCAAUCAACGAAUCGUAACUCUCUGAGACGGUCUUCCAAAAGUCAGCAGGGUGAUUCUGCGAGUCCAUUCAACUACAAUCCCCAUCCUGUCGACAUGACAAAUCUAACUCUAAGCAGAGAAAUGCAAAACAUGGCUGAGAGAUUAGCGGACAAUGCUCACGAUAUUUGGGCAAAGAAGAAGAAAGAAGAACUCCUCACCGUUGGCGGUGGAAUACAUCCUCAAUUAGUGCCCUACGAUCUUCUCACAGACAAAGAAAAACGAAAAGAUCGCGAGCGUUCCCAAGAAUUUUUGAAAUACCUCCAAUAUCAAGGCUACAAACUUCACAAGCCAAAUCGAGGUGGAGAAUCGGAAGUUGGCGGAGUUGGAGCAGCAGUCGAAUUGAGAUUUGCCUAUUCUCUCUUAGAGAAACUAAUAGAAUAUCUCGAUAAGGCAACAAUUAACAUGAAACUCUUGAGACCAUCAGACACGUUUAGUAGACGUACAAGUUUCAAAACUGCCACCCGAGAUAUUAAAUUCUUCAGUAAAGUUGUUUUGCCACUGGUGGAAAAAUACUUCAGUACACAUAGAAAUUAUUUUAUAGCUGUUGCGACGGCAACAAAUAAUGUCGGUGCCGCAUCAUUGAAAGAGAAGGAAAUGGUGGCAGCUCUUUUUUGCAAAUUGGCAAAUUUACUCAGAUCGAGAAUGGCUGCCUUUGGAGCAGACGUGAGAAUUACCGUCAGGUGCCUUCAAGUUCUGGUAAAAGGCAUUGAUGCUAAAUCGUUGGUGAAAAACUGUCCAGAGUUCAUCAGGACAUCAAUGCUGACAUUCUUCAAUAACACUGCUGAUGAUCUUGGUCAUAUUAUUCUUAAUUUGCAAGAGGGAAAAUUCAGUCAUCUCAGAGGGACUCAUCUGAAGACAUCAACGUCACUUUCUUAUAUUAAUAGUGUGAUUCUUCCAGUCCUCACAGCCAUGUUUGAUCAUCUUGCGACUUGCGAAUAUGGCAGUGAUCUUCUUUUGGACGAAAUUCAAGUAGCUUCCUACAAAAUGCUGGCCUCACUCUACACCCUCGGUGUAGAUGCAACAUUGACUCAAGAUCGAAAAUACCUCAAGACGGAAAUCGAGAGAAGCAAACCAAAUUUGGGCUCAUGUUUAGGAGCCUUCUCCAGUUGUUUUCCAGUCGCCUUUCUCGAACCCCAUUUGAAUAAACAUAAUCAAUUCUCCCUACUAAAUCGCAUAGCCGAUCAUUCUCUAGAGGCACAAGACGUUAUGACAAAAAUGGAAUCAAGUAUGCCAACAUUAGAGACAAUAUUGUCCGAAGUGGAUCAAUUUGUAGAAUCGGAGAAAACUUACGCUGACGCACCACACGUGGUCGAUGUGAUUCUUCCACUCCUCUGUUCAUAUCUUCCCUUAUGGUGGGCACAAGGUCCGGACAAUGUGAAUCCAUCGGAAGGUGCCUACAACAGUAUGGUGACAAGUGAACAUAUGAAUCAACUAUUGAAAAAUGUUCUCAAACUGAUAAAGAAAAAUAUUGGAAAUGAGAAUGCACCAUGGAUGACUAGAAUUGCGGCUUACACGCAGCAAAUUAUUAUCAAUUCUUCUGAAGAGUUACUUAAGGAUCCGUUUCUUCCACUGGCGGAGCGUGUGAGAAAACGAACUGACAAUAUGUUUCACAAAGAGGAGUCUCUUAGGGGAUUUAUUAAAUCGUCGACGGAUGAUACUUCUCAAGUUGAGGCUCAAAUACAGGAAGAUUGGCAAUUGCUGGUUCGGGAUAUCUAUUCGUUUUAUCCCCUUCUCAUUAAAUAUGUCGAUCUUCAACGUAAUCAGUGGUUGAGGAACAAUGUUUCAGAUGCCGAGGAUCUCUAUAAUCACGUAGCGUCGAUUUUUAAUAUCUGGUCAAAAUCGCAGUACUUUUUGCGAGAGGAACAGAACUUCAUAUCGGCGAAUGAAAUUGAUAAUAUGGUUCUGAUCAUGCCAACUGCAACUAGGAGACCAGCGGCUGUCAGUGAUGGUGCGACGCCCGCCGGAGGAGGAAAGAAAAAGAAGAAACACAGAGACAAAAAACGAGACAAGGACAAGGAAGUUCAGGCAUCUCUGAUGGUAGCCUGUUUAAAGAGACUCCUGCCAGUGGGAUUGAACUUGUUCGCAGGACGUGAACAAGAAUUGGUCCAGCACUGUAAGGACAGAUUCCUGAAGAAGAUGGCCGAGCAUGAAAUUACGGAAUUCGCCAAAACACAAUUGACUCUACCUGACAAAAUUGACCCGGCUGAUGAAAUGUCCUGGCAGCAUUAUUUAUACUCACAAUUAGGUCAAAAAAAGGACGUCAUGGAACCAGUGAAGGCGCAACAAAUCGACGAAGUUGUCGCCCGAAUAACAGAUAUGGCUAAAGUCCUUUAUGGCUUGCAUAUGAUCGACCAUCCGCAACAGCAAAGCAAAAGUCAAUAUCGAUCAGUGGUUUCAAUUCAGAGAAAGCGAGCCGUCAUUGCUUGUUUUCGUCAGAUCUCCCUUCACUCCCUGCCCAGGCAUCGGGCUAUAAAUAUUUUUGCUCGUACGUACUACGAGUUAUGGCUUCAGGAUGAAAAUGUUGGCCAGGAAGUUAUGAUUGAAGAUCUUACGCAAUCGUUCGAGGAUGCGGAAUUAAAUAAGACAGAUGGCAAAGAAGAUGAGGGUAAACCUGAUCCACUGACUCAAUUAGUGACGACAUUCUGUCGAGGAGCAAUGACUGAAAGAUCUGGAGCCCUACAAGAAGAUCCUCUUUACAUGAGUUAUGCGCAAAUAAUAUCGAAAUCCUGUGGCGAAGAAGAGGAGGAAGAAGAAGGUGAAGGUGGUGGCGGUGGCGAAGAGGAAGGACGUGCUUCCAUUCAUAAGGCGCGUUUAUCAAGAAUGGAGCAAGAAAUGGAGAAACAAAAAUUAUUAUUCCAUCAAGCGCGACUCGCGAAUCGAGGAGUUGCGGAAAUGGUUCUUCUUCACAUAUCAGCAUGUAAGGGUGUUCCAAGUGAGAUGGUGAUGAAGACUCUUGAAUUGGGAAUCUCAAUUCUUCGCGGUGGUAAUAUUGAAAUUCAGAGAGGAAUGCUGAAUCAUUUGAAGGAGAAGAAAGACGUUGGUUUCUUUACUUCAAUCGCUGGAUUGAUGAAUUCCUGCAGUGUUUUGGAUCUGGAUGCUUUCGAGAGAAACACAAAGGCCGAGGGUCUUGGUGUUGGAUCGGACGGAGCCGCGGGAGAAAAAAAUAUGCACGACGCUGAAUUUACUUGCGCUUUAUUCAGAUUUAUUCAGUUGACCUGCGAAGGUCACAAUCUUGACUGGCAGAAUUAUUUAAGAACCCAGGCGGGUAAUACGACGACGGUGAACGUCGUGAUCUGCACGGUGGAUUAUUUAUUGCGAUUACAAGAAUCGAUUAUGGACUUUUACUGGCAUUAUUCGAGCAGGGAAUUGAUUGAUCCUGCGGGUAAGGCGAAUUUCUUCAAGGCUAUUGGAGUUGCGAGUCAAGUAUUCAAUACACUUACGGAAGUAAUCCAGGGACCUUGUGCUCAGAAUCAGCAAGCUCUUGCUCAUUCGAGAUUGUGGGAUGCUGUCGGUGGAUUCCUCUUUUUAUUCUCCCACAUGCAGGAUAAAUUGUCAAAGCACUCGAGCCAAGUCGAUUUAUUGAAGGAGUUGCUCAACCUUCAGAAGGACAUGAUCACAAUGAUGCUCUCCAUGUUGGAAGGUAACGUGGUGAAUGGAACAAUCGGAAAGCAGAUGGUCGAUACUUUAGUAGAAUCUGCCGGCAACGUUGAACUUAUUCUUAAAUAUUUCGACAUGUUCCUGAAACUAAAGGAUCUUGUUUCUUCACCCAGCUUCUUGGAGGUGGAUCUGAAUAGUGACGGUUGGGUUUAUCCAAAAGACUUCAAGGAAAAAAUGGAGCAGCAAAAGAGUUACACCGAUGAGGAAAUCGAAUUUCUCCUCGCCUGCUGUGAAACGAAUCACGACGGUAAAAUCGACUAUGUCGCGUUCAUGGACCGCUUCCACGAGCCAGCAAAGGAAAUUGGUUUCAAUUUGGCAGUACUAUUGACGAAUCUCUCGGAGCAUAUGCCAAAUGAACCCAGGUUGGCGAGAUUCCUCGAGACAGCCGGCUCUGUACUCAACUAUUUCGAGCCAUUCCUGGGCCGAAUAGAAAUUCUUGGAAGUAACAAAAAGAUCGAGAGGGUCUAUUUUGAGAUCAAGGAAUCGAAUAUUGAGCAGUGGGAGAAGCCGCAAAUUAAGGAAUCGAAACGAACAUAUUUUUACAAUACAGUCGUUGAGGCUGGAGAUAAAGAGAAAUUGGAGACGUUCAUAAAUUUCUGUGAGGAUGCUAUAUUUGAAAUGCAACACGCAAGCGCAUUAAUGGCAGUUGAAGAAAGUGGUGGAAUAGGAAAGGCGAGAGAAUCAUCUUAUACAUAUAUGACCGAUGACGAUGACGAGAGAAAUAAAGAUCCAAUUAGAAGGGGCAUUCAAGCCUUUAAAGAUGGAAUCUAUUUCUUUUUCUCCAUGUUCUCGCCAACUAAUAUCAAGAAUAAAAUUUCUGAAAUGCAACAGAUGACCAUUCCUGAAUUAUUCAUAGGCUUCUUCAAAAUGAUAUUUUACGCUUUUUAUUAUUCCGGCUUUGGUGUCGGUGUAGUUAUUCAGUACUUUAUGAAACUUUUAUUGACAUUGAUGAGAGGUCCCCAUGUUGAGCCUGUUGUUGAGGUCAAGGAGGAGGAGGAGAAACCAUUGAGGCACUUGCCAGCGUUGCCUCCAACGCCUGAUGAAUCAAAUAUGCAGGUGCAAGCAUUUGGAAUGGAUAUAACGAAGGAGGAAGGUGGUCAGUUGAAAAUAGCGCCACAUGAAUCGAAUGUCUCGACUCCACAUUCGAGCAUGGAGGAAACUGGUGAGAGUACGGCUGAUGAAGGCGCAGGUGGUGAAGAUGGUCCCAGAGUAAAUGCUGAUGGUACUGAAAUUGAAUCAUCUGUCACUUUAGCUGAUUUGCUAGGAGGAGAGCAAGCGAGGGCACAAGCGGCCGCUGCAGCUGAGGCAGCGGCAGCACAACAGGCAGCAAUGGCUGCAGUUGAAGCUGAAACCAAACAUGAAACAACAUCCGAACGUGUAUCAGCUUCCAGUUUCGAUAUUUCCGAAUACACUCAUCGAAUUGUUUCCUUCCUGGCGAGGAAUUUCUAUAAUCUUAAAUACGUUGCUCUAGUUCUUGCAUUUUGUAUCAAUUUCAUGCUUCUAUUUUACAAAGUUACAUCACUGGUUUCGGAUGAGGAGGAAGCCGACGAUACGAUGGCUGAUUUGUUGAGUGAAAUGUCAGGUUCUGGAUCAGGUUUGGGUGAGGGAAGUGGUGUUGAUUCAGGCAGCGGUGGAGAAGACGCUUCAUCGGAAGAGGCGGAUGUCAUAGAAUAUGUUGAAGUAUCCGAAGAUGUUUAUUACAUGGCUCACGUGAUGAGACUAAUGGCUGCUCUUCAUUCUAUCGUUUCGUUGGCAAUGUUGGUUGCCUACUAUCAUCUUAAGGUACCGUUGGCAAUAUUCAAGAGAGAAAAGGAAAUAGCAAGAAGGGUUGAGUUUGAUGGACUUUACAUUGCCGAGACACCGGAAGACGAUGACAUUAAAGCGCAUUGGGAUAAAAUGGUCAUAUCAGCAAAAACUUUCCCCGUCAAUUAUUGGGACAAAUUUGUCAAAAAGAAAGUUAGACAGAAAUACAGUGAAGCCUAUGAUUUCGAUCAUAUUAGUAAUUUACUCGGAAUGGAGAAGACUUCCUUCAGUCAACAGGAGGAAGAUGGAUCUGGAUUAAUACACUUUAUUGUCACUAUUGACUGGAGGUAUCAGAUCUGGAAAGCUGGCGUUACUAUAACAGACAAUGCCUUCUUGUACAGCUUGUGGUACUUUACAUUCUCGAUAUUGGGAAAUUAUAAUAAUUUCUUCUUUGCUGCACAUCUUUUGGAUGUCGCGGUGGGAUUUAAGACACUGAGAACUAUUUUGCAAUCCGUAACACACAAUGGCAAGCAAUUAGUCUUGACGGUAUUGUUGUUGACAAUUAUCGUGUACAUUUAUACAGUAAUAGCAUUCAAUUUCUUCCGAAAGUUUUAUAUUCAAGAGGAGGACGACGAGGUGGACAAAAAGUGUCACGACAUGUUGACAUGCUUCGUCUUCCAUCUGUAUAAAGGAGUGAGAGCAGGAGGUGGUAUUGGUGAUGAAAUUGGCGAACCGGAUGGGGACGAUUACGAGGUUUAUCGAAUUAUGUUCGAUAUUACCUUCUUCUUCUUCGUCAUUAUUAUUUUGCUCGCUAUUAUCCAAGGUUUGAUCAUCGAUGCCUUUGGAGAACUUCGAGACCAACUCGAAAGCGUGAAAGCCAACAUGGAAAGCAAUUGUUUCAUUUGUGGCUUAGGAAAAGAAUAUUUUGAUACUGUUCCUCAUGGAUUUGAUACACACGUUCAGCAGGAGCAUAAUCUUGCUAAUUACAUGUUCUUCUUGAUGCACUUAAUCAACAAACCUGACACCGAGUACACAGGUCAGGAAACCUAUGUCUGGAACAUGUACCAACAAAGAUGUUGGGAUUUCUUCCCAGUCGGUGACUGUUUCAGAAAACAGAACGACGGCGUCGAGGAGGAAGCGAAGAAGAAAUAAUCAAAUUUUUUAUUACAUUUUAUAACACGUUGUGCACGUAUGCGAAACUUAAUCCUUCGAAUCGCUCAGAAAUACGUCCUCUCUUUUUCCUCUCAACAUUAAAAAAACAAGAAAAAAGUGUUUUUUGCUAAAAACUCAAAUCAAAAAAAUUUUUCUUGUACAAUGAGAAGAAAAAUACGAUUCAAAAAAAUUGUAUAGUAAAUUCAAAAGAAUAGUUGAAAGAAAAAAUAGUUCAAAAACUGUUCUUCUCAGAAAAAUUCAUCUUUAAUAUUUUUCAUGACAUUCAAAAAAAAAAAAAAAUACACACUCACACACAGAUAGCUCCAUAAAUCGCGAAAAUGUGGCACUAAUACCGAAGACAUUGCGAAAGAAUAAAAAAAAGUGUAUUUACAAGUAUUUUAAAGAAGCAAUUGCUUCAAAUUU